AUGAAAACCUUAAGUUGGAACUGUCGGGGGCUUGGGAACCCCCGAACAGUUCAAGAUCUUGUCAGGAUGAUAAGAAUAAAGAAGCCCAGUUUAGUUUUCCUUAUGGAAACUAAACUUAAAGAAGGAAGAUCUGAAGUUCUGAGGAAGAAGUUAGGAUAUGAAGGCUGCUUUAAUGUUAAUGCAAGAGGGAGGAGUGGAGGUUGGACAGGCAGUUUUUUCACUUGGUGCAAUAACCAUAGUGAUGAAACUUUUAUGAAGGAAAGAAUUGAUAGAGUAGUAGCAAAUGCAAGGUGGUCUGGUUUCUUUGAUAAGGCGAAAGUGGAGGUUAUGGCUACAUGUACUUUUGAUCAUAGUGCUAUUAUCCUUCACUCUUUUAAGGGGGGAAGAGAGGAGUAUGUAAGAAGAAGGAAUUUCAAGUAUGAGGUUGGAUGGUCUCUUGAAGAAAGUUGUGGACCUGUAGUUAAAGCUGAAUGGGAUAAAGCUGAGCAGGGACUUGACUCUGUUGCAGUUUUACAAGCAAAAUUGAAGAGAUGCAGUAAGGCUUUAAGCCAAUGGAGCAAGUAUACAUUCAUAGAGAGGGAUCAUUUGUUAAGAGUGAAAACUGAAAGGUUGAGAGAGAUGCAGGCAGCUGAAGAAUGGGGAAAUAUUGAAGUGAUAAAGGGGUUGAGAGAAGAGGUGGGAAUUAUGUUAGAGCAGGAAGAUCUCAAGUGGAGGCAGAGAUCAAAAACUCAUUGGUAUCAAAUGGGGGAUAUGAACGCUAAAUUUUUCCACUCAUGUGCAACUGAAAGAAGGAUGAAGAGCUAG